AUGGCUGCAAUACUGUGCAUCCCCACGUGGGUAUCCUUCAUGAAGUCAAGGGAUACCAGCCGUGUGCAGCCUAUCAAGCCGGCCAGGGUCACCAAGGUCCUGAGCAGGACCAGCUCUCAUGGACGGUGCACGCAGGUGUGCACGGAAUUUAUGGACCACACAGGCUGCUCCAUCAUCUGCAAUGUAAAAGGGCCCAUGUGCGAGGGCGACAUGCUCACCCUGUUGGAGUCAGACCAGGUGGCCCGGAGGUUGCGCUGCGCUUGGCUGCUCACUGGGUCUGGAUGUUGGGUUCAACCACUUGGCUGA